AUGUACACCGCAAAGGAGAACAGAGCAAAGGAGAUGCUCGCCUCGGCCGACGCCAAGAUGAGCAGCAACGACGCCACACCUGAGGCAAUCAAGCUCGUUCCUAUCCCCGAGCCCAAGGAGGAUCUUUCGAACUUCGAUCACUGGCUUCAUGCUGUUGGAUUUCAUCUCGAGUUCUACGGUCUGGAUGACUUGGUUUCCAGCAUGAAGAGUGAGUAUCGGGAGGGUCCCUUGCCCGCGCAUUUCAAGACCGCCGCCGACUGGCACCGCUGGCAUCGCCACUGCCUGCACGCCUACUCAAUCAUCUACUCUCAGGCGACCAAGGUGAUUGAGCAGGGCUCCAUGUUUCUGACCGGAUUCAACGCCCAGCCCAACUACUGCCCCCAUAAACUUCUGAUGAUGAUCAAGAAGUACAAGGAGUCCAAGAUUCGCUUCACCGCCUGA